CUCGCACACCUCCGGCACAAGAGAGCGCAACAGCAACAGCUAGCGCGGAGACAGGCCAUCGGCCGGCCGGCGACCAUUCGGGCUAGCUAGCUGUUUGAAGCGGUGGGAGGGAAGGAGGGGCCGAUGGGGAAAGGCCGGGCACCGUGCUGCGCCAAGGUGGGGCUCAACAGGGGCUCCUGGACGCCGGAGGAGGACAUGCGCCUCAUCGCCUACAUUCAGAAGUUCGGCCACGCCAACUGGCGCGCCCUGCCCAAGCAAGCAGGUUUGCUCCGGUGCGGCAAGAGCUGCCGCCUCCGGUGGAUCAACUACCUCCGGCCCGACCUCAAGCGCGGCAACUUCACCGUCGAGGAGGAGGAGACCCUCAUCAAGCUGCACAACAUGCUCGGCAACAAGUGGUCCAAGAUCGCGGCGUGCCUGCCGGGGAGGACCGACAACGAGAUCAAGAACGUCUGGAACACGCACCUCAAGAAGCGGGUGGCGGCCAGCGCCGGGGAGCAGAAGAAGGGCGGGGCCAAGGGCAAGAAGAAAACCACCUGCGCCGACGUGCCGGCGCCGUCUCCGUCUCCAUCCUCUUCCACAACCACCACGACCACCACCACGACCAACUGCUCCAGCGGCGAGUCCGGCGAGCAGAGCAACACCAGCAAGGAACUAGAACUAGAAUUGGAGCUGGAGAAGAUCGAGAUCCCCAUGCUGGACCUCGGCUUCGACCUCGACAUGCUGCUGGACACCGUCACCAACACGCACUGCCCGGCCAUCUCUUCGGCGCCGACCUCGCGCUGCUCGUCCGCGUCCCCGACGUGCGUGGUGGACGACGGCGCGCUGCUCGACCUGCCGGAGAUCGACAUCGUGCCGGAGCUGUGGAGCAUCAUGGACGGCGAAGGCGGCGCCGGCGCCUGCGCCGAAACGGCGCAGGUCCCGUGGAGCAAUGCGGCGCCGUGCGACGGCAAGGGACCAGAGGCGAGCGCCGCAACGGCCGACGACGAGGACGGAAAGGAGUGGUGGUUGGAAGAUUUGGAAAAGGAGCUGGGCCUGUGGGGGCCCAUCGACGACUACCAGUACCAACAACCGGACCCGCAAGGCCUGUCGGGUCGCGCGGACCCGCUCUCCGCCAGCGUGGACGACCCCGUGUCGUCCUACUUCCAAGCCGGCCCCGCCAGCGCCACGUCAACCAUCCAUGGGCCCGAAGCCUCUGCAGUUCUCACAGACAUCCCCAUGGGUCUAUGAGAUCACUCGGUAUAUAUAAACCGUCCGAUCUCUUAGUAUAGAAACAAGCACCGCGAUCGGACGGCCACGACUGAUGCUAGUACACAACAUAUACAUGUACAAACUGUACAACUGUACGCCUGCAGCAGGAGUACGUACGUACCCAGCACGAAGACUAUACGAAAAAAAGGGAUAUAGUUAGGCUAGGAAGCACACACAAGCUCGAGGAGAUGCUUAAAAUAACUUUUCCACACAUGCGACCACGUUGCGCCGAAGCAGCAAAGUGGUGCGACGCAAACAAGUCAGAAACGGGUCAAGGUUUCCGGUGCUAAUGAACCCGGGAUGUAACUCAACUUCAACUGUCAAAUGCCGCACACAACAGCGACCAA